CAGUUCUCACUUUUGUGUGCAUAUUUUGUCCCCAACUCCCCACAGAAAGAGUUUAAGCCGCAGCGCUACUUCAGCAUCGAUCGCGUCUUCCGCAACGAGACUCUGGAUGCGACGCACCUCGCUGAGUUUCAUCAGGUUGAGGGCGUGUUUGCCGACUAUGGGUUGAAUCUGGGUCACCUCAAAGCUGUUAUUCGUGCCUUCUUCGUCCAUCUGGGAUUGCAUCACCUACGCUUCAAACCUACGUACAACCCCUAUACCGAACCCUCCAUGGAGGUCUUUAGCUUCCAUCCUGGUCUGCAGAAGUGGGUGGAAAUCGGAAACUCGGGCAUCUUUCGGCCAGAAAUGCUGCGUCCCAUGGGUCUUCCCGAAGGUGUCCGUGUUAUCGCCUGGGGACUCUCCCUUGAACGGCCAACAAUGAUUCGUUACGGCUACAAGAACAUUCGAGAUCUCAUGGGCCCCAAGAUCGAUCUGCGUAUGGUCUACGAAAGUCCACUGUGCCGUCUCGACAAGUUUUAG